AUGCCUAUGUCCAUCACGGAGUUUCCGGCCUUGGUAGAGAAGGCGAACGUUGUAGAGCGGCUAGAGAGCGUCGGCAAGCCGACGAAGACUGUUGGUGGGCCAACUGGGUCCAAGAGUAGUGGUGGUUCUCAGAGGAAGUCUUAUGACAGGCCCCAACAACAAGGGGGUUCUGCCACAAGGAAGUAUACUGAGAGAGCUAGGAGUGGAGCUCAGGCUGUUAGAUGUUAUCGGUGUGGUGGGCCACAUAUUGUCAGAGACUACACUUCUGCACAGCCUAAGGGUUUUAGGUGCAGCAAGUUUGGCCAUCUGGACAAGGAUUUCCCAGUUGGGGCAAGUCAGUCUAGAGGUGCUCAGAGGGUGGAGCGACCUAGAGUAGCAGGGCGAGUUUUUGCUUUGACAGGAGCGGAUGCUUCCACUUCACCAGACUUGGUGAAAGGGAAGGGCAAAGCUGCAGGUACAGAGGUUUCUAUCCUGUUUGAUUCUGGUGCUACACAUUCUUUUAUAUAUGUAGAUUGUGUGAGGAGAUUGGGUUUGUCGGUAUCUGCAUUGCAUGUUGAUUUGUCUGUGUCUACUCCGGCUUCAGUUUCUGUAGUGAUGUCGGAGAUGUGUGUGAGAUGCCCGAUAGAGGUGUUUGGUAGGAGGUUCGAAGUGAACCUGAUUGUAUUGCCUAUGGUGGAUAUCGACAUAAUCUUAAGGAUGGAUUGA